ACUGCUAGGGGCAGCAAUGCGCCAAGCACAUCUUAGUCUUGCACGAGAAGAAGAAGAAAAACGACGAAGAAGACAUCUUAUACUUCCUGGAUGAAAUGAUUUAAGGUUGUUUUGAAUGUGCUCGUCGCCGUCUUCUUGUGGUCAUAAAAGACAUCAUUUUGAUAUAAUUGUAUGUCGCCCCACUAUAUACAGCUCGUCAGUUUUUGCAUGAAGUGAUGCAAUAUGGCGCUAACCCGAGCUGUUGUCAGUCGGUGUUUUCUCGCGAGGUUAAGGACACAAGCUCGGUGUCAAUGCCGAAGAAAUGUUUACCUGACUGACACACCAGGCAGCUGUCAGUCCACGGCAGUUGUACUCAACCACGAAGGAAUUGGUGAAAACAAACCACAAGACCGGAAAGCUUCUUAUUGGGACCAGAAAGGAGGAGCCCAUGACCACCACAGCCACUCAUUACUCCUUCAGACGCUGUCCGCUGGUUUGGGACUCUGUGGCGCUGUGCUUGUGGACACUAAAGAGGACGAACUGGCAAAGCACACAACAUUACAUGAUGUACUUGAACGCAUCCUGCCGUCAGCAGAGUGCGCGUCCCCGUUUAAACCGGACAGUCCUCGGUAUAAAUACAACUUUAUUGCAGAUGUCGUCGAAAAGUCCACUCCUGCGGUGGUCUACGUCGAAAUCAUGGGCAGACAUCCAUUUUCAGGGAAGGAGAUGGCCGUGUCCAAUGGUUCCGGUUUUAUUAUCAGCAGUGAUGGACUCAUAGUGACCAAUGCUCACGUGGUGGCCAACAAGAGAGGGGUCCGCGUCAAGUUGACCAAUGGAGAAACGUACAACGCCGUCGUGCAGGAUGUGGAUCAAGUGGCGGACAUCGCAACCAUUAAAAUCUCUGCAAAGAAUCCUUUACCCACACUCUCACUCGGCCGGUCGUCUGAUGUCCGUCAAGGAGAGUUUGUGGUGGCCAUGGGAAGCCCGUUUGCUUUACGGAACACCAUUACAUCAGGGAUCAUCAGCUCAGUGCAGAGGGGCAGUAAGGAGCUGGGCCUGUCCAACCCCAACAUGGAGUACAUACAGACGGACGCAGCCAUUGACUUUGGGAAUUCCGGAGGGCCACUCAUCAACCUGGAUGGCGAGGUCAUCGGAAUAAACACCAUGAAAGUCACUGCAGGAAUCUCCUUUGCAAUCCCAUCCGAUUGCCUCAGAUCUUUUCUUGAUCAAGCUGCAAACAGGAAAAAAGGCACCUGGUUUGGCCAGUCAGAGACAAGGCGGCGCUACAUUGGCGUCAUGAUGCUAACACUCACACCAAGCAUCAUUUCAGAGCUUAAGUUGAGGGAUCCGUCUUUCCCAGAUGUGACCCAUGGAAUUUUGAUCCACCGAGUCAUCAUUGGCUCCCCUGCAAACAGAGCUGGCCUGUUGCCAGGAGACGUUGUCCUGAGAAUCAACGGUGUGACGGUCAAUACCUCAGAGGAGAUCUACACUGCCGUCCGCAGCAGCGAUAAGAUCACAAUGGUGGUGCAGAGAGGACAAGAGCAGCUUCAACUACAAAUGAUUCCUGAGUUCACGGAGUGACCGCAACCAAAACACGUUUCUCUAAUGUCUGCCUGACAGACUGCCAUGGGUCUAAUUUGUGGACGUGAGUCAAACCUGUUGGUCAUCAUGGAUGAAAUUAAAGUUUCUAAAAGUUUAA